GGACGGCGGCGGCUGUGUUCGUGUGUUCAGGGGAGAAGGCACAGCGGGCAGAGGAAGAGGGCGGAGCAAGCCUCAAGCCUUGUUCGGUGGUGGCUGAAGGCCUGGCAAAGGAGGUGAAUCAACCGGCGAAGUCCUCUGUGCGACACAGAGAGAGGCAAACGAGAGUGGGGGGGGCGCAGCAGUGAUACACUCCUCGUUGGUACCUAACAGCCCCGUUUCCUUUCGUCACCGAGGACGCGGCUUGGCCCGGCGAAGCCCUGGACGAGAGGAUCCCAAUCGUCCUAUAGCACCACCGGCUUUUCGCAAGGGGCGGCGGCGGUGUGGUUUUGCAUCCGGGGAGCCGACCACCGCUGCUUGUCCUUCAGAAGAGGCUGCUGCACACACCGCGUGCAGCCACCGGGCAGACUCCAGCCCCUUCUUGGCUGCACCUGGGUACGCGGUAGCUGCUGGUUGCAUUCGCGUUGGCGCGCAAGGGCGUGGAUCAGCUGCAGCCGCUGCUCCUACAACAACUGCAGCUCUCGUGCACCAGAGGCGGGGGAACCUUGUCGCUCUCGGCGGUCAAUUUGCGGCGAAACGCUCAACACCGGGAGGAGGCGCAGCAGUGAGGCCAACCCAUCGCCCACGCUCACGCGCGCGUUUUUAAUUAGAGAGUGUCAAGCAGAAAAGAGCAACCAAUCCUGCGGUGCCCAGUAGUGUAGAUUGGAAGGUGGACUGCCUGCGGCACCACCGGCACAGCUGGGGAAAGCGGUGACUAUUUCGGACGUUGGGGAGGGGCUUGUGGGCCAGGGCUGCAAUUGGUCCCGUCUGCUCGCCAAGGACUGCUGUUUCGGCUGACGAAGGCUUGUGUCCAAGACCCUCCUUUGUGCGUCGGCGGCCCAACAAUAAACGCGGUGCUAAGGCAGCUUGUCGGGGGAGAGAGGGAGUGAAAGCCCGACCGUCGUCGGGUUUGGCAGCCUUCCUGCCCCUCCUCGCCUACAAAGCACCUCUCUGUUUACAGCAAAAACGGGCGGGGUUUCCUAGAGCUACCCUUGUUGAAUCAUUGGUUGGCGACGGCAGCGGCGUCAACGAUUUGAUCUCUCUCUCUCUUUGAGGAUCUUGGCGGAAACUCCUCCGAGUGGAAACUACCGCAAGGUGGUGUUGGAUCACUCUGUCUUUUGAGGGACUUCACGAAAACUUACUCCAAGGCAGUGUUGGGGACACACUGAAAAAGUGUGGCCGGGGUGGUCGUCUAGCGGUGGUGGGUAGGCGGGGGGCGGCGGCGGCGGGCAAGCGGUCAUGAUGCGGAGACCACCGACGCGGGCCGGCCUGGGGGGAAAGAAGGCCUCCGGCACGGGCUUCAAGAUCACGUACAGCGUUAACCAGCUCCUGUCCAUGGGGAAGGAGCUGAUGGAGUCCGAGGCGGGGUGUCCUCCGCCAGAGGGGUGGGACAAGUACGAGUACGAUACCAUUGGUCCCCUCAUCGACGAGAACAACACCCGAAUCCCGUCGAAGGAAGAGGCCGCCGCCCUGAAGAUGAAGCCCGGCUCCGCCAGAGACCUGCACUCCGAGCACAUCGCCGUCCUCGUCGCCAAGCAGGGGGCUGACCCGGACCAGUCCCCGUCCCUUGGGCCGAGGGGCGGCGGCGACCGGCCUGAUCGGGACCGUGGGGGCGGCGGCGGGCGCGCGGACGGGAGGCGUGACGGUCAGCCUGGGUGGGGGGACCGCGAUAGGGAUUGGGACAGAUUUGGAGACAGAAACAAGGACCGGGACCGAGGAGGACCGUUGGGAAGAUACGAUCAAGACAGGGAACGCCGGGAUGGAAGGCGCGAAAGGCCUAGAGAUGGACCGGGCGGCGCAGGCGGGGGUCGUGCCCCGUCCCGCUGGGAUGCCCUCAAGCCGGACCGGGAAAGGGACAGGGGCUACAACAACCGCAACAACCGCGAUGAUGAAGACGGGGGCGGGAGGGGGGGGGUAGGGCAGGAUGCGCGGGCUGGCGGCGGAAGGGACAGGGACAGGGACGUCGGGGACAGGGACAGAGGAGGCGGCGGCGACGGCCUCCACGACGGGGGGCUAGGGGCCCACGACCGGGCCGUAGCACACGAGAAGGCGAUCGCUGCUGGCGGUGCCGGUGCUGCUGCUGCCGCCGCCGCCGCCGCCGCUGGUGCCAACAGAGACAGGGCGGGGGCGGGGAGGGGGCGGUACGGGGGGACCAGCGAGGCGGAUAUCUGGGACAUGCCGACCACGCUGCCCGGUGACGGGGGCUCGACGGAGCCGCCGAAGAACACAAGGGCCGCUGGCCUCCGCAGCGCGGACCGUGAGCGUCGGGAGGAGAACCGCAAGAAGGACGAGGCGGCGGCGUUCGAACGGGAGAGGCUGGAGUUCGAGAGGGAGAGGGCCAAGGUUCUGCAAGGACGCGAUGGGGGUCAAGCCAACGGGGGCCCCGCCGAAUUCCCCGACAUGGGGGGUGGCUUCCUGGGCGGGGGCAUCGGAGACGACAACGACGACAACGGUCUUCUGGGCGGUAUCGAAGACGACCAGCCUCCCUCCCCUCCCCCUCCCAAGGGCGGUAGCGGUAGCGGCAGCCAGGAUCAACCGCAACAAUUUGGCAAGAACCAGUCCGUGCUUGAUAGGCUCUUCGGUGCCGGAGCCGGAGCUGCCGCUGCCGGCGGCGGCGGCGGUGGGGGUGAUAGUGGGGGUCAGAAAGGAGGCACUGGCACCGCGGAGACCGGGGGAGGCGGGGGUGGCGGGGGCGCCGCGGCUGGAGGGGUUGGAGGGGGGUUUCCUGGGGGGGGUCUGUUCUCCUUCAUGGCCCCCGGGAACAGCAUCUCCACGAUCGACAAGUUCACGGAGGCAACGCGGGGGAAAGGAAACGCCAAGAUUUUCUCACCCGGCACCAAACCCGCCGCAACUCCUUGGGGAAAAGUCGAUAAGAAGCCUACUGCCAACGUGGUAAACGGCGGCGGUGGCGGGGGCGGGGGGGGAGGGGUCGCGCCCCCGGCGGCGGCUUUGACGGCUGCCGAGAAGGGCGCUCUGCUGAAGCGCAUGAUCAUGGUGGGUGUCGUGAUCGUGGUGGAGGAGGAGGAGGAGGGGGAGGGGGUGGAGGAGGAGGUGCAGCCGCCGGCGCCCCCACGAGGCAGCCAGACAACGCUAGGUCGACGGCUGGUGCAAACGGUGGCGGCGGCGGCGGUGCCGCCGCUGCAGCCGACAGGGGAUGGGACGAAGAAGUCGGGGCUGCGGCAAUCGCGAGGCAGCGGCAGCGGCAGCAGCAGCAGCAGCAGCAGCAGCAGCAGCAGCAGCAGCAACAGGAACACCCGGGGGUAGUGACGCAGGGAAGUGGUGCCAUCGGCGGCGGAGGAGAGGGAAGGUCGGGCAGGGAGCAGGCUCGGGGUGCCAGCACGGCAGAGGUUGGGACGCUCAUGCAGAGGCUGGCGGUGGCGCACCUGCCGGAGGAGCAGCGGCGAGCGGCCUUCAACCAAGCCCAGCUCGCCCAGCAGCAGCAGCA